AUGCUUACGAAAAGUUGGGCAAUUCAUGCAACAGGAAUACUCAAAGUCUUUUCUAUCCUCAUAGUUGUUUAUUCUUGUAUUGUUCUGACAUUUUUCUUUCAACCGGAUCUUAUUGUUGAACUGUUUUUCCAAUCAGAAGGCAUAUCAAGCCCUAGUUUUGAGCCCAAGUCCUAUAAUCUCCCUGGUCAUAACUUCUAUAUAAAUUCCAACAAUGGAAUGAUUCCUAUUUGGGUUUUGGGCAAUAAUAUUAAAACAGCUGAGGAAGAAGAAAGCAAGAAGUUCAGCUUUUCACAACAGCUAGUUGUAUUUCUUCUGCAUGGUAUCAAAUACAAUAGAUACGAUAGUAGAAAAAUCAAAGUUUAUAAGUAUUUGAUUGACAUGGGAGCAGUCGUUGUCACUCUAGAUUACAAAGGAUUUUCGGAGUAUAUCGGAGAUUCAAAUGGCAAUGCGGCAAUCGAGGAUGUUAUAACUGUAUACAAGUGGUUAGAAGAGCAAUAUGAUGAAAGAGUUUACAAGGUUUGGUGGGGGCAUUCUGCAGGAUGUGGUAUUGCAGUGGAAGCUUUGUUAAGAGGGAAAUUCGAAGUUGAUCAUUUGAUAUUUGAGUCUGGGUUUGCUUCAAUUAAAUCUUUAAUGAUAAAUAAAACGCCAUUUAAAAUGUUGUUCGGAUGGUGGAUGCCUUUCAGCUUUGACUGGAUAUUCAAGCCGGUCUUAGAAAGAAGCGGAUUGAUGUUUGAUAACGUUAAUGGUCUUCAGAAAGUAAAAUCACACAUAUAUCAUGUUCAUUCUUACUACGAUCGUGUAGUACCGAUUGAAGAAGCUCUGAUGAUCAACAACACAAUGAGCCGAAGUUAUUUCUAUCAUCCUGUGUUUACUCGUGACAAAAGCAUACCAGAGAGCCAUUAUAUAUCCACACAUUCCGAACAAUUAAUCGCAUCUCUUUUCAAGGAUAUUUACAAAAUAUAUCCUCAGCAGGGAGAAAACGAAUAA